UUGAAAAAUAAUUUAAUUCGCGUACAAGCGUAUAUUUUACUUCCAUAAAUAGAAACCCUUAUGUAUGUGGGCACAAAACCCAAAGCUGAAGAGGCGCACAUACUGUUUUCCCUCUCAACUCUUCUCUACCUUUCAAAUUUCAAAAAAAAAAAAAACUCUCAAAUUUCAUCUGCAUUUUCACCUCAGGUGAAAGAACAUUUGGUGUUUGCUUCACAUUUUAGCUCUGAAGUGCAUUACAAUACACAUCCUUUUCUUUUCCAGAUCAAGAAGGUCUUUUGAGUAUUGUAGUCAAUGGCAAAUGACAAAACCAACAGUUACGAGGAGCUCCGUAGGCAAAGGGUUCUGGACAAUAAGAAACGAUUUGAGGAUCUGGGGAUUUUGAAUAUAUCUAAAAACCUUUCUGAUAUUACAAAGUCUGAGAAGAAGUCCGACUAUAAAACUGAGCUACGCCGAGUUAGACAAAAAGCAAAAGAUGUGUACCUGUCGGAGCCAAGAAGGUCUGCACGGGCAAGGAAUCCUGUUCCAACAUACCGUGAUGAAAUUGAUAUAGAGCUUCCAUCUUUACGGAAGAGAUCAAAAUUCAGCUCUUCAUGGGCAAGUUAUCUAGCAAGACCAUUGGAAGAAGUGAAAGUUGCUUCAUAUGAAGAGAAGGUACUAGCUUUAAAGUGUGCGGAAAAGCUCCAGAGUAAUCUGCAGUCGGAUAAGCCAUUUUUUAUCAAGACUAUGGUUCGAUCCCAUGUCUACAGUUGUUUCUGGUUGGGACUUCCUACUAGAUUUUGUCAAGACCAUCUUCCCAAAUCUACUGUAGAUGUUCUGCUAGUGGAUGAAGAAGGUUUAGAGUAUGAAGCUCUCUUUAUCGGCAAAAGAACUGGACUAAGUGGAGGAUGGAGAGCUUUUGCACUUGAUCAUAAGCUGGAUGAUGGGGAUGCUCUAGUAUUUGAGUUGGUCGAGCCCACAAAAUUUAAGGUCUACAUUGUUCGAGCAUCCCAAUGUUCAAGUGAAGUGGAUAAAUCCGAGGCAGAAAAAGAAGAAAGUGAAGCAGAAGAAACACCAAAGAGUGAAACAAAGAAAAAAAAGAAAAGUAGCAACAAACCAGAAGUUCCAACAAUAGCUAAAGAAGAGGUCUCUGUAGUAGUGACUUCAGCUACGAGACGCAGUACUAGAAGAAAGUAGAGAAGCAUCAUUCUGUAGACAUGUGAGAAAUCAAACCCUUUUGUUGUGGGUAAGCAUACCAAAGUUUUGUGAAGAUUUUGCAAAGACAUGUUAAAAUAUUUGGCAGUAAAUCUCAUUUGCCAAUAGCUAAUUAGGCAACUUGCCUUAGUAACUCUUGACAGUUGAAGAAAUGCAACUACAGUUCUGUUGCACCAUUUUUACUUUGCUUUACUAUGCUCUGAAGCAACUUAGCUUGUUAUUUUUGGAAGAGCAUAUUUGUUCUGUGUUCGGAAUUCUUCUAUGAAGUUAUAUCAACGAUCUUCAAGUUGCCAUGA